AUGUUAGCUCAAGCUCAUUAUACACCUUUAUCUUUUUCCAAAAGUGACAGUAACACCAGUAAUUCAGUGCUGAUUGACCAAUUCUUAAAAGAAGCUUUACAAAUAUUAAGCCAUGUGGACACUUCAAUACAUCACAAUGGCGAUCAUAUUAUAGAUCAGGCCGAAAGAAGUCCUGAAAGUGACGAGAGCGGAAAAAAUAGCUCGGUUACAUGGCAACUGAAGCUGACACCUACAACCAUGACAUUGGAUACGAGUAUUUUGACAGUAUCAGGGCUGGAAGAAGUGUUGGAACUGAUUCGAAUCAAUGUAAGACCGCGCCCGCCCAAGGUUAAAGACAAACGUUCAAAAAGGAUUCAUUCGGACCAAUAUGAUAUGCACCUAUUUCACAGACUGAUGCACCCUCUUUUCCAGCUGUCGAUGAUCGUCGCCGUACCACGAUUGGAUCAAGCCCUGGCUCAGCAAUACAACUCUGUUCAGUUCAUGCGACAAUGUGUGCACUGCUUCAUAAACUGUGGAUACUCGUUCUUUUUGGAUGCACCAAGUCUUUUGGCUAACACUGACAUGAUAUUAUCAGUACCGAGCGCCGCAAACGAGCAUCCAGUUGAGUCAUUACUUGUUUUAAGUAUAUGCAGCCUGAUAGUACGACAUACAUCCUUGCAUCACCGUGUUGAUCCAACCGCUGCGAAUAUUUUGAUGCAUUCUUAUUAUGCACAAGCGCGACUACUUUUAGAAGAUUUGUUUGAUGUACAUCACAUAUCUGUCGUCAUCUCCAUGUUUAUCCUCUCUGUCUAUGCUCAGGGCCGCAUCUGUCUCUUUGCACCAUCAACAGUUCAAACACCGUUAUUGAAGACAGCCAUAAGGAUGGCGCUUACAAUGGACCUGCAUAAAUUAGACACACGUCAUGACAAAGAAUCCGAUCAAAAGGAAAGGCUAAGACGUCUAGCCUGGAUGCUACUAUGUGCGGACUAUUAUGCUGAUUGGAACACAACAGGACAGACAGGUCUUAUUGAUGUAUCCGACUGGCAUGUUGACUUUCCUCAACCCUUACCCAACGAACAGAACCCAAGGAGGACAGAGUAUUUUUCCCAAUACUGUCGUAUUGUCAUGCUACGUAAGAUGGAGUUAUUUAGAACAGCCUACAUGCUAGCGCUGCAAUAUCCUCAAGAGGCACUUUUCUCUGGAUUAGACGAACAACUCUUCCAGACUUACUUCAAUACACCUAGCGCAUUUAACAUCAACCUGAACCCACAGACCUUCCUGACGCAGGUAUGGACUCGACGAGAUAUCGAGUCACUCCUAUUAAACGAGUUAUACUGCCAUACACAGCUAUCUGCUCGAUUGCCAUUUUUGCCCAAGCGACUCUUUGAAGCCUUUAUAGCAGACGAAGAAAGCAUGAGACUUGCAGAUUUGAACAGUAUACACCAAAGGAUUAGGCAAAUAUCGAUUGUUGAACCAACCCACACAUUAUAUACAACAACAGGCUUACUUCAUCAUCGUUAUCAUGCAGUGUCACCGACUGAAAGCCGACCAGAACUAGAACUCUCUUGCUUGAUUGGCUGUUUACAGACAGUCAAUACAUAUACCCUGAUAUUAGAAACACUUGCAUCAUUAGAUACCAUGGGAUGUCAUCAUAAUCCACUGUUUGGUAUUGCGUACAUUUGCCACCUAUGUUUAAUAUUUCAAAAAUCAUAUCCUGAUGACAUGGACAUCGUCUCAUUCUGUCAAAUCCACCUUGUUCGAAUGCAUCGUCUGCUACGGCAAGUAAGAAGCGUCUAUGCAGACCCUGCUAUACUAUUUUUGGAUACAAUGUUAGUAAGACGAAACAUUGUCUUUAAACAAGAUGUAUCACUUCCUGCAUUGCUCAAUCGAGCUUGUCAACUGAUCGGUUUCUUACAGACCAGGCUAAGUCAUAGCAACAGUAACAAUACAGUCAAGGCAUAA